AUGACAGAUAUCUAUCAAAAUGAGAACAGCACGAAGUCGUACGUCUAUCUGGCGGCACAACCUGACAAGCCCAAUAUUUUCACCAUUGCAGACAAGAACGAGCAUCGUCCAAAAAGGAAACUCAUCAGCCAUGUCCUCUCGGAUCAUUCAAUGAGAAAGUUUGAAUCUUCUAUGCUGGCACAGAUUGAUAUUUUCCUAAAACAGAUUCUGUAUUUCAAGUCGUCGGCAUACAACAUGACACCUGCAUGUCGCCACAUGGGUCUAAACAUUGCUGGAAAGCUCGGCUUUGGUUUCGACCUCGGCCUCCAGACAGAUGACACAAACAGGAGUCUUCCCACCGCCAUCACACUCGGAAACCAUAAAACAAACGCAUGUAUGCAAUUCACGACCCUUGCGGUACUACUCAAGCCUGGAUUCAUUGUGAAUAUGUUCACUAGCAGCCUAAGGGCCCGACUGAUGGACAUGUUGAUGAGCAUGAUAAAAUCUCGUCUGGCUAAACCAUCAGAUGCCGAACAAGAUUUGUUGGCUGUUUAUGCAGAACAGUCCGAUAGUGAUAUCAAAAAUAUCAAGCAGCAGAGCCUCUGGGCCGAGGCUGUCUUUUUCUUUGCAGCUGGAGGGGAAACCAUAGCAUCGACCCUGUCUGCUGCAUUCUUUUACCUUUCGCGUAACGCUGAGAUUUACGAAAAGCUGGCCGAGGAGAUACGGACUACGUUCCAAUCAGCCGAUGAAAUCCGCGGCGGAUCAAAGCUUUCUGGCUGUCGAUACCUGCGUGCUUGCAUCGACGAAACGAUGCGCAUGUCUCCCCCAGUACCCUCGACUCUAUGGCGCGAGGCCGUCAAAGGCCAGUCACUGGUCGUAGAUGGUCACGCCAUUCCUCCAGGGACUCAGGUUGGGGUGAAUAUCUACAGCCUUCACCAUAACGAGGAAUAUUUCCCGGAUUCGUUCAAAUUUGACCCCGAAAGAUGGAUGCCUGGUGCACAGCCCGGCCGAGCCCACCACGCAGCCUUUACGCCGUUUUCCUUUGGAUCUCGUGGAUGUGCUGGAAAGUCAAUGGCGUAUCUCGAGAUGAGUCUUGUUUUGGCCAAGACGCUGUGGUACUUUGACUUUCAGAGGGCGUCCUCUGGUGCUGAGAAGAUCAUGGGAGAUGGUAUAUCUGGCUUCACACAUCAUGGGGGCGAGGAGACCGAGUUUCCGAUGUACAAUCUUUUCGCCGCGGGUCACGAUGGGCCAGUUCUCAAGUUUACUUCGCGGGGCACUUGGUGCGAUGAAUUGCAAUAG